UUAGUUACUCUGAGGUGGCGCGCUAAUUUUCAUUAUUGUUUAGAUCGCCAUUCUGUCGUGGUAAUAUUUUUGUUAUUAAGUUGCUGUCCUAUAUUUACUUAUAAAAAUGGUUAAGCGUAAGAAUAGAGUAGUAUAUGACUCAAGUAGCGAUGACAGUGAUAGUGCUGGAGAAAUCAGCGAUUCUGAUUCAUCAUCUGGUGGCAAGGAAAACAAUGUUGAAAACAACAAACCGGAUACCACAACUCCUAAAAAAGCAGACACCACCGAUUCAGAAACUUCUGAAAGUGAUGAUGACUGGACUGUUGAUGGUAAAGGCGGUAAGAAAAAGAAAAAGGUUAAAAAACCUCCCCCAACAAAGAAACAGCAAGAGGAUGUCAAAAGUUCGAGUAGUGAAGAUGAGGAUGAAAAUCCCCGAAGCUCUGAACCCGAAGAAGGAGAAGUAUCAGAUUCAGAUAGUGGUUCAGGUGAGGCAUCAGAUAGUGAUGAGUUUAAUGAUGGAUAUGAUGAAAAUUUAAUGGGUGAUGAAGAAGAUAAAGCUAGACUUAUGCAGAUGACUGAAAAGGAACGUGAACAAGAAAUCUACAAUCGUGUUGAAAAAAGAGAGGUUUUAAAAACCAGGUUCGAAAUUGAAAAAAAGUUACGUCUUGCCAAGAAAAAGGAACAAAAAAUGAAAGCUAAAAAAGAAGAGAUGAAGCAAAAGAUUGAUGCCAGUUCUCGAAGCAAAGAAAGACGUAGGAACAUUGAAGAAAAGAAGGACAAGUUGGACAAAAAAGCUCAAGCUAUAAAAGAUUUAAAGGAACAGAGAGAGAAAAAAAGAAAGUUGAUGGAACUGCAACAACAAAAAACUGAAACUGAUGAGCAGAAGGACGAAGAAGAUGGUGAAUCUGAUAAAGAUUCCGACCAGCCUGUUAAGAAACUUAAAGCGAGUGACAUUUACUCAGAUGAUGAUGAUGAAGAUGCAAGUGGUAAUGAAAGAGAUAAUCAAAGUGAGGCAUCAUAUCAUUCGCGUAGUGAAGAUGAAGAUGAUCCUUCAAGUAAGAAGUCUGAAUUCAUUAAUACAAAAGAAGAAUUAUCUAAAAUUAGAUUAUCUAGAUAUAAGUUAGAAAAAUGGGUUCAUGCUCCAUUCUUUACUAAAACUGUUUCUGGUUGUUUUGUUAGAAUUGGCAUUGGUACAAAUGAUGGUCGCCCUGUUUAUAGGGUUGCCGAAAUCAUUGAUGUUGUUGAAACUGCUAAAAUAUAUCAGUUAGGUACUACUAGAACAAACAAAGGACUGAGACUGAAACAUGGUCUGCAAGAUAGAGUUUUUCGUUUAGAGUUUGUUUCUAAUUCUGAAUUCACAGACUCCGAAUUUUAUAAGUGGAAAGAGACAUUAAUGUUAGAAAAUAUAGCUUUGCCAACGCAGGAUGAUAUUAACAAAAAAUUGAAAGAUAUACAAGUAGCUCUGAACUAUCAGUAUAAAGAAAAAGAUGUUGAAACAAUUGUAAAAGAGAAAGAGAGGUUUAAGAAAAAUCCUCAUAACUAUGCCAUGAAAAAGACUCAGGUCUUGAAAAAUAAAGAAAUGGCUGAAAUCAAUGGUGAUGAGGAAGAAAUUCAAAAAUGGGCGGCAGAGCUAGACAGGCUUGAAGAACGAGCAAAAGAAUUGGAUAAAAUGAGGACUAGUACGAUUAGUGGUAUUUCAUAUAUAAAUGUUCGUAAUCGGCAGCGAAAUAUUAUUGAAGCAGAAAAGGCUAUUUUAGAAGCAGCUCUUGAGAAAGAAAGUGGAGAUGAUCCCUUUACAAGACGAAGAUGUGCUCCAACUUUAGUAACAAAAAGCAGAGAUGUGCCGAUGAAUUCUGCCCUGCUUCUUGAGUUAGCUAAGCAAAAGGAAUUGGAGAAGAAAAGAAAGCAAGAAGAAGAUGUGCAAAAGAAAAAGGAACUUGAAAACCAAAAAAUGGCUAAUAAUUCUUCGCAAAACAAUCAUGAUGAAGAUUUAUUCAGUGCCCAUGAUUUUGAAAUUAAAAUUGAUCUUCAAAUGCCCAACUCAAUUUCAAUAACUGCUCAUUCAAAUAGAGUGCCGUCUGCUCCUCCAGCUGCACCGAAAAGAUCUUUAAAUUUGGAAGAAUAUAAAAAAAGGAGACGGCUUAUAUGAUAUUUUUUUUAUGUUCGUUAAAUGUUAAUGGGUUAGUUACAUAAUGAAUGUUUUUAAUUUCUUUAUUUUGUUGUAGUAGAAGUUUUUUCAUUGUCGUAUGCAAUAUAAAUAUAUUAGCACUAACUUUUUCUAAGUAAAUUGUUCUGUACUAUUGAAGUUCAGAUUAAUGUUUCCAACUUCAUUGAAGUACAUAAUUUUAAAAAUUCACUGUUUAAAAGCAGUUUUGAAAAUAGCAGAGGUUUAGUAAAUUUUCUUGAUUGUGCAACUGUUUAGUAAAUUUUCAGAUUUUCAAUGUAUAUAUGAGAGUUAGACUUGUAUUUUGCAUCUGAAAGUAACUGCUUUGUUGAAAAAUUUGUUUUUGUGUAGAGUUUUAAAAAAGUUGCCGAAAUGCUGUUCGUUUUAUGUUGAUUAAUAGCAGUUUGUUGUCACAUGCCUAACUUUGUUUUCCUACUUCUUAAUUUGAAAGAGAAAAAAAAAAAACUCUUUUUGGUGGAGGAGGAUUUCAUUAGGCUUUGCAACCACUUAUUGAAUGGUGAAAUU